AGCUUAGCUCUUUCUUAUAUGGUAAUUUCUACUUCGUAAUAAUACUAUGAAACUGCUCUAGCUGAAGCUGUCAGAUCUCAUUUAAAUUAUCUACACAGUAUGCUAAAGCGCCACUCGAAGAAUAUCGCCCUUCGAUGGCGAAUCAUCUAGCUCCCCCUUAUAAGCUAAUUUAUACAGUUACCUAUGCUAGGUUUUAUGAUAUGUAAUGCCCAUAGGAAGAAUCUCUCUUAAUAUGGCAGGUUAAGAUUUGGCUGACGACUUUCAUGUCCCGACUCCCUUGGUCAUUUAGCAAGCUCAGGGGCUGUAUUUACACAAUGAUUGACCAGAAUCCUAUGGGUAACGUCGGGGCUUCAUGUUGGGUAUAUAUAUGAAUGUUGAACUACCCAGGCCAGUAUACAAUGUCUCAACUCCUAUCACGGAAAUCAAGCUUGCUCUUCAUCACACUAUAAAGCAGAUUUAGCACACCCCUUUCGCUAUGUAUAUCUCUAAGAUCGCGGCGCUUGCGCUUCUUGCGCCUUGCACGCUUGUCUCCGCCACUCCUGUCUUCAAGAACCACGGAACACUGGAUGGAUGGGAUGGAACCAACCACGAACAUAAAGGAACCGUAACUCAGGUCGACAACGUGUCUUACAACUCAGGCUCGUCGAUCAAAGUGGUUCAGAUAUACGAUUCUGGCUACACUGGCAGAUACCACUCGGAAGUCUACAAGAAAGACGUCUACAGGGUCGGCGACGAGGGGUUCUACGGCUUCGCUUUCCGGCUGCACUCAACCUGGGACACCUCGUCCAAGCAAUCCUACAACAUCGCGCAGUUCAUCAGCAACCUAGAGGACAACCCCGACAACACGUGCGGGGACGGCUUCAUCCCCUCGAUGAUGAUGUGGGUCGAGGGCAGCGAACUCAAGAUCCGCAGCAAGGGCGGCAACAUGUGCGAUAGCACCCUGAAGAAGUUCUCGGUCGGCACGAUCAAGCCGGGGUCUUGGCACCGCGUCGUCCUCCAGGCCAAGUGGGAAAGCGACAACUCGGGCUACUACAAGGUCUGGCUCGACGGGAAGCAGGCGCUGGAGAAAUCGGGCCUCAUCACUACGUACAGGGACACGCAGAAGAAGUACGGCUUCCAAUUCCGGACCGGCUUGUAUGCUAAUAGCUGGCACGACGACAAGCGCAUGGAUGGAAGCCAGGGAACCCGACAGCUGUGGAUUGAUGAGGUUGCCAUCGGAAACAAGUAUGAGGACGUGGACCCCGGGGUUCAGCAGUAAUUUUGUGGCAAUAAUGUGUUGUUUCGGCUGGCCUUUUUAUAGAUGUUUGAUGAUUUGUGAGUCUUGGUAGUUAUUUAGUUAGAACGUUAUAUAGAUAAUAUAUAUUUUCUUGAU